UGUAUGGGCAAGCAUUUUUUUUGUUUGUUUUUGGAGUCGGAAGAGCACAACUGCUAGCACUGACAACAACACUUCACCCACCUGUGUACCGAAGCACAACUACUGUAGCUACCCACCUAAAGUCAUCUGAGAGAAGAGCGAGAGAGGGACAACACACCCAUCGAACACAGGCCUGGUCGGUCUCCAUUCCACAGCUCUGCUCUGGACCAUGGUCCGUCAUACCACCUGUAUCAUGAGCAUCCCUUCCACUGCCAGCAUUGAGAGCCAGCUGCCCACAACAUGGAGCUCCUACCCCUGCCCAGACAUUUCCACAGUGAUGCCCGGUUACACCAGUAGCCUGUGGUCCCAGGACUACAAGCCUCAGUAUUGGUCAAAGUACCUGGUGUGGCAGUGGCUCCAGCAGAUGGUGGACAUGCACCAGAUUGACGCUGCCAGCAUCCACUUCCAGAACUUUGACGUGGACGGCCGUCAACUGUGCAGCAUGACCUACCAGGACUUUACACGCGCCGCGGGCACUGUGGGGCCUAUCCUCUACCAAAGCCUCAACGAGCUCAAAUGGAGUGGACAGCAUCCUGGUGUGGAGUUUAACCCACUGGACAUUAUCAAAUCAGAGCCAGAUGACUUCCCUUGUUCAUUCCCAGAACCUAGCAUAUAUCCUGCAGACAUUUUUGAUCCCUCAUGUCAAUGCCUCGCACCUGUGGCAUCGCUCACUAUCUCAAGUCCAGACACAAAGAAAUCUCACAGUCGCCCUCAUCAGAUCAAAAAGCACAGCCCCCGGGGAACCCACCUGUGGGAGUUCAUUAGGGACAUUCUGCUGAACCCAGAGUGGAACUCAGGCCUGCUCAAGUGGGAGGACCGGACAGAUGGCGUGUUCCGUUUCCUCAAGUCAGAGGCUGUUGCUCAGCUGUGGGGCAAGAAGAAGAACAACAGCAGCAUGACCUACGAGAAGCUCAGCCGAGCUAUGAGAUAUUACUACAAACAGGAAAUCCUGGAACACGUGGAUGGCCGAAGGCUGGUCUACAAGUUUGGAAAAAAUGCACAAGGAUGGAGGGAGUCAGAAAAGUAAAGGAGUCUGGAGGACACCUCUCCACUAUUUUGUGCCUUUUUUGUGCCUUUUUUUUGCCUGUCUAUUUAUGUUUGUUUUUGAUUUUAAUGUGUUACUGUGAUGUUUUACAAAGAGGAGCAGAAUGCCUUGUUGCAACUCUUGACAUUUGUGGGAGGUUUUGUAUGAUAUGUUUACAUUUGGUUAAGAAAGACUACAUUUUACAUUUAAUUGCUUACCCAGCUAGCACAUAACGUUCUGAGAACCAAAUGUUUCUUAGAGCUUGGUGACAGCGGGGUUGUCAUAUGGUUAUUUUGCAUACAACCUUCCUACAACUUUCUGGGAAUGGUGCAGGAUAGUUGCUUGACUGUGGAACAUUCUCGGCACAUUUAAGGAACUUGAAUUUGUAAAAAUAAUUAUCUUGCUAUUUCAUUACUUUAACUGAAUGUUUCCUAAAAGUUCAAACAUGGUUGGAUUUAAUGUACAUUUUGGUAAUGUUCUAGGAAUGUUCUACAACUAGUUUGACAUUGGGAAUGUUCUCAAAUAGUUCAGAGAAUGUUAAGAAACAACAGUCUUCUGUAGGAAUUUCAGCAUAACGUUAUCUUCAGCAUAACGUUUUCUGCAGGUUUCCUCACGGGUAUUUUUAAAGUCAUGUUCUCAGAACGUUAAGAAAAUGUUCCAUAAAAACCACAAGAACAUUAGUAAUGUUCAAAUAACUUUCUAAGAAUGUUAUUCGAAAAAAUACAAUACUUAGCAUCAACAAAACUGUCUUUAUCCUCUAUCUUGUUAAGUGUGUUCAGGUGUAUUGGCCUUGCCCACUUAUUGGUCAGACCUGAUCUUUAUUAAUGUUUGUUUCCUUUCAAAUUGGGUCUGUUUGAAUAGACUAAAAUGAACAUGGCAUGCUAGCUUCAUCCUGGUUGCGCAGUGGAGAAAUUACAUGGAUAGAGAACCGAAGACUAUAGGUACUGAAUUUCACUAACGUUGUGCUACAACAAAAAAUACAUGUGUUUGCAAAUUAAUUUCUGUGUCCUAUCUAGGGUUGCAAAGGGAAGGUAUUUUACUGGAAACUUUCUAAGUUUACCAGUAAACUACCAGAAUUUUGACAUCUUUAAAUUAUGUAAUCUACCACAAGAUACUGUAUCUAUUGGUCUUUUGGGGGUAUUUCAUAAUAUCACCGGUGUCUGUAAUUAUCUCUGUCCUGUUUUCUGGCCUUAUUACAUGGAAAAUAUAUUAAAUAAUUAAAUACAAUUAUUUAAAAAUAAAAUGAAUGAGAAAGCUGUAAAAUAUCAUCCUAAAUAUAAACCAUCCAACUUAGCGAAUACCAUUGGUGCAUUUUUAUUUAUUUUACUACGUCAACAUGUAUUUUUUUGUGAAUGUUUUUGCCUCAAACUGGUGAAAGUUGUGAUUAGAUGUUGAUUAGAUGCUUUUUGAUUAGAUGCUUGUUGAUUAGAUGCUUUUCUAGGCUAUUUUCUCUUCACCCAUAUGGUGUAUCUAUUAGAAACUCAUGGACAAUAUGGACACAGAUUUUUAAUACAUUGCAAAAAUUUGUAAAAACCUGUUUUUGCUUUUUUCAUUAUGGGGUAUUGUGUGUAGAUUGAUGAGGGGGGAAAACGAUUUAAUCAAUAAAGGUGUCUGAAUACUUUUCAA